GCCGAGCAACUGUUACGGAUAAUGUUGAGGGGUUUCCAGAGAGACGUCCGCGUCACCAGCCACACGUGGUGGGUGUGGAGCAGGAAAGCUGACGUUUCAGGCCUAAACCCUUAAUCAGAAAAGGAGUUUUGGCGCGAAACAUCAUCUUUCCUGCCCAUAAGAUGCUUCUUGGCCUGCUGUGUUCAUUCAGCUCCACACCUUGUUAUCACGGAUUCACCAGCAUCUGGAGUCCCUAUUAUCAUCUUUACCCGUAUUUAUUUUUAAAGUUUUCCUUAAGACAGAUAAAAUGGCACAGAUGCCAAAUCGAAAGACUUUGUUUAAAUAUAGAAGUACAUUCAAUCUCAAGCCAUGUCUUGUUCAAAACCAAAUAGAAUGCUCAAUCUAUUUUAACAUUAUGUUUAAUCCCUCAUCCUGAAUCACUUAGUUUCUUGAAUGCAACUGGGUGCAUUUCAGAGGGCAACAAAAAGUCAACCGCAGAAUCAGAAUUGUAUUGGUACAGAAAAAUGCUGUUUGGACUGUUGUUUGCACCAGCUCUUAAAAUGGGCAUCAUGACUCAUUUUUCUACACUUUCCACAUCACCUGCAUGUCGUUUCUUGACUGCCUCUAUUGAACCUGUCUCUGCCAUAGACGAUGAACUCCCAACCUGAACUACACAGUCAGUGCUGUAAAUAAUAUUUCCUUGGCUCAGAAUCUACUACGUGAGGUCACAGUUACAGGAGAACUGUUGGUCAUUUAGCGCUGAAGUGAAAUGAAAAUUCUUCUCUCAAGCAGAUCAGAACCUUUGGAAUUCUUUACCUAAGAGAGCUGUGGAUGUUCAGUUAUUGACCAUAUUCAAGGCAAAUAUAAUUUUUCCAGAUUGUCAGCAUGAAUUUUCUAUUCACCACGGGAACAUAAAGCCAACUCCAAACUAAUCAGCUGAGAAGAAAGAAGAUUAGUCAAAAUGAUCAGGAAUAGAAAUUCGACUUCUCGACUGCACAAACACUGUGAAAAAUGUUAUAAUCGGCACUGCAACAAGACUUUUGAACCUGCUGUUUCCUGUUUGGUUAUCACUUGCUCUUCCAAGUGUGGUGCUGUCUUUCACCAAUGUAAGGAGGAUGAACACACACUACUAUGUCCACUGGAACAAGUACCUUGCCUGAAUUCAGCCUUUGGCUGUCCCUUUGUUAUGGCACGCCACAAACUUUCCAAGCAUCUUUAUGUUUGUCCCGCCAGCAUUGUGUGUUGCUCAAUGCAAUGGAACCGCUGGCCAGCUAAUGAAGAUGACAUUAUAGUAAAUAAAAGUGCUGUCAAAGAUUCCUUGAAUCCAGAAGAUUUAGACUUUGGCACUGCAAUGACAGAUCAGAGGAUUCUUUUCAAUUCAGUGAAGUUGGCCGAACUUUUUCCUGAGAUGGCUGAGCCUGUUGAUGAAAAUGAGUUGGAUUUGAAUGAAGAAGGGGCAGUGGGAGGACAACAAGUUAAUUUGACAACUUUGGAUGGGAAUUUCAAUGAAACAGGCACAGAAAUAAAUCAAGAUGGAUUAGAUCAAGUCUGUACAGAUGUGGCAGAAAUGGCUGAACCUGUUGCUGAAUCCAAUCAAAUAGAAUAUUUGUCUAUGUAUUCUACGUGGGAGCAUAUUUUCAGUAAGGAUAAAGGUGGUUUUGCAUCUGAACAGAAAAUCGAAAAAGCUGAAAACAAGCAUAAGAAUGAAAUGUCAUCAGUUUGCACUAAAAGUAAGACAAGUUCACUUGAAAAUAAAACAAACAUAGCAGAUCCAGGUUUGUUAGCAUCGAUUGAAAAGACAGGAGAAGCUCCUUGGCAGGAAGGUGUUCUAGAAAGACUAGAAACUCAAAUGGAUAGAAAACACUUCAAUAUGUACUUGGUUCAUCAUGGCAGUAUGCUUAUUCGAUUUGGCCAGAUGAGUGCAUGUACACCCAAAGAAAAAGAUUUUGUUUAUGGGAAGCUAGAGGCACAAGAGGUUAGAACUGUCAAUACUUUUAAAGUUCCCACCAGUUAUCGUGCCAAGCGUGGACAUAUUGGAGAAACGUUAUCAAGUAAGAUCAAAAAGGAGAACAAAGCUGUGGACACUUCUGACUUGGACACAGAGGCUUGUUAUAAUGAUGAAGUGACUAUUUCAUUGCUUUGUUAUUUGGAAAAUGUUCUAAAAGGCCACAUUAUAUCAGAAAGAAAAGUCACUGAUGGACUGACCAUUGAUUUUGCAACUCAGACUUAUUCUUUCCCUUCCUCUCCUUUUAGCCGCGAUGUAACUUUGGCCGAUGUAGCAGCAGACAAAACUUCUCGUCUAUAUCUUCAGCUCCAGACGGAAUGUAUCACAAAACGAUACAAUAAGUUGAAUUCUGCCUUUACAUUUAUGUGCUACCAUUUCUUCAGGCGAGAUGAGUUUUCAUCACAUUUCAGGAAUGUGCAUGCUGAUAUUCAGUCAGGCCUGAAUGGCUGGAUGGUACAGAGAUGUCCGCUUGCUUAUCUUGGCUGUUCCUACUCACAAACGAGAUUCUGCCCUUCCAGACAGAAAGCUAAAGUGAUCUACAAUCAACAUCAAAGUACAUUUGCAGUCAAACCAAAUGUUCCUGCAGUUCUAUGUCAGCACAGUCACAGAGAUUCAAAAGUAUGGCAAAGUAGAAAAAGUGGGCUCAGCUUGAGCACUCUUCCAUCUGAGAUACUGAGGUAUAUUGCAAGCUUCUUAGACAGUUAUAGCCUAGCACAACUGUCCCAAGUGUCUGUAUUGAUGAAUGCAGUCUCUUCCACUUUACUGCAAGAGCAUGGCAUGGUCUUUCUUGUCUGGGAAAAGAAGAGUUACUCACAUGGAAGCUUCUCUUGGCGAGCUCGAAAACGGAGGUGGCAGUUCAGCUCUGUCUUCUCUACUGUCGACAGUUGGAGGUUUAAUGAUAACCCCAGUAUCGCAGAACAUCUGAAAACCUGUCCAUACUAUAUGACCGAGAGUAAAACAAAGCCUGUAGCUCUCAUCAGUAUGUGCAUGUCUCCAGAGUUGAAACAAGAGAAAAAGAACCUUGUUACAAUGUUUAGUAAGAAGAAAAACACAAAUAGAUUUUCCAACCUGAUUGUAUAAAGUUUUGAUGUUUUGAUCCUGAUUUUUUUCAACUGUUUUAUUUAAUGCUCUUAAUUAGCAAGACAAGAGCAUACAGCUUACACUAAGGUUGUUAAAGUCUUUAUAUUUUAAUUGUAUUAUGGCACACUAAUCUUUUUGAAGUUGUGUUCAAUUUAGCACAUAAAUUGAAGAGAGGAAUGAUAAUUUUGAGCAUGGUACAUAUUUGACCGAUGGCUACAGCUCACAUUUGUGUCAUAAGGGAGGAUGGAAAAAAUGCUUAAGCCAAGACUUGCACAUGAGAAAUAUGUGAAAUGACUGUAGCAGUAAGUAGGACAUGGUAAUAGUCUACUUACAUCAGGAAUUUAUUUUCAAGGUCAGAAUCUGAUUAUGAUCAGAUAAUUUAAUGUUAGAAUGAAGUAUAUUAUUAUUAGCACAGAACAUGUAGUGUAAUGGUAACGUCCGCACGUUCAAUGCUCUGGUGACAGAAGUUCAAAUCUUAUCACAGCAGCCUGGUGGAAUUUAAACAUUGAAUAAAAUCUUGAAGUAAAAGCUUGUCUCAGGAAUGGUGACCAUGAAAUGAUCAUCAAUUGUUGUAAAAACCCAUUUGGUUCUCUGAUGUUGUUAAGGGAAGAAAAUCUGCCAUCCUUAACCAGUCUGGCCUGCAUUUGACUCUGUAUCUAAACAAUGUGGUUCAUGCAUAACUGCCCUCUGAAAUGGCCAAGCAAGUCAUUCGGCUCAAAUGCAUUUAGGGAUGGGCAAAAAAUGCUGAUCUUGCCAGCUAUGCCACGUUACAUGAAAGGAAUGAAGAUUGGGCUUUCCCCAUUGCUGCAGUUCUCACUGGGAUAAGUUUUAUUGAUGCUUUCUAGGGAGGAAAGUAACUCAAUCAGAUUUGCUUUCACACAUCUUCUAGAGAUUGUCUAGGAGCAGGAUGCUUCCCAGUUAAUUGCCUCUGUUAUUGACUAAGUAUUGUAAACGGUGGCAUUGCAAAGUGAUAAAACUUCUUGAUAAAGUUUCUGUUGUACUGACAUGAAAAAAAAAUUUGCCCUCUAAGUAAAAAUCAUUUUUAAUAUUGAGAUAUCAAGAUGUGCCCUUCUAAGAUUGAAGGUGGAGUGUGGAAUGGAGUGAUAUGGUUGGGAGUCUGGAUUAAUGUAUUUAAAAGGAAUCUUUCUGAGCUUCAACUCCGUGCUUACUUAACUUCAGAAUCUUAGUUGAGACUGGAAAAAGAAUGUCCAUUCAUAGAACAUAUACCUCGCUCCUUUAUUUCAGUAAUUUUGAAAAUGUUUUAAAUUAAAUCAAAAUUAUGUGAUUGGGCAGAAGCUGUGCCUUUCCAUCUCUUGACAAUGGUACAUCAUACUAGUGGGAUGCCCAUCAAACCUUUUCACAUUAAUGUUUGAUUUACACAAAACAAAUAUGAUUUAAAAAUUGAGAUUAGUGUGGUUGGUUAAGUCAAAUACAAUUAAAGUUGAUUCCAUGUUACUUACAAACUAUUUGGAUGUGCUAGUUGUGCUCAGUUGGUAGCAUGCUUGCCUUAGAGUUAGAAUGCUAUGGGAGUCGGGUCUGUCUCCAGGAUACAAAAAUGAGGCUGGUGCUCUACUGUGGUAUUAAGGGAGUGCUGUACUGUCAGAAGUAUUGUGAGAUGUUACACCACACUCCACCAUCUCUGAUGGAUGCAAAAAAUCUUAUGAAACUGUUAAGCAGAGGUGGAGAGGAUUAAUUGCUGGUGUUCUGUCAAUAUUUAUCACAAAAUUAACUUCACAAAAACAGAUUUCAAUUUGCAAUUAUAAAAACAAAAUAGUGUAGAUGGGGAAACCUAGAAUUUAAAAAAAAAUUGGAUAAACUCAGAAUGUCUGGCAACAUCUGUAGAGAGAGAAACAGAGUUAAUGUUUCAACCCAAUGUCUCUACUUUGGAACUGAGUCAUUGAAUUCCAGAUAUUUGGGGAAGAAACCAAAAAGAUUGAUGAGGGCACAGCAAUAGAUAUUGUCUACAUGGACUUUAGUAAAGCCCUUGACAAAGUUCUGCAUGGUAGCAUAAUUAAUAAAGUUAGAUCACAUGGGAUUCAGGCUGAACUUGCCAAAUUGGAUACAAAAUUGGCUGGAUGGUGUGAGACAGAGGAUGGUGAUGAGGGUUUGUUUUUUGGACUGGAGGCCUGCGACCAGGAGUGUUCCACAGGGAUCAGUACUGGGUGUACUUUUGUUUCUUAUUUAUAUAAACGAUUUGGAUGAGAAUUUGUGUGGGGCGGGGCAUGGUUAGUAUGUUUGAGGAUGUCACCAAAUGUGAUGCUAUAGUGAACAGUGAAGAAGGUUAUCUAAGGUUAUAAAGAUAUCUUGAUCAAUUGGGGCGAUAAGCUAUGGAGCAGCAGAUGGAGUUUAAUUUGAGUAAAUGUGAGAUAUUGCAUUUUGGUAAAACAGACAAGGGCAGAACUUGUACAGUUAAUGGUGAAGCCCUGGGCAGUGUUGUAGAACAGAGAGACCUAUGGGUUCAGGUACAUAAUUCUUUGAAAUUUGCAUCAUAUUCAGACAGGAUGGUUAAGAAGGUAUUUAACAUGUUUGCCUUCAUGCUCAGACAUUUAUAGGAUUUUGGUCAUUAUUUUGAGGUUGUACAGGACAUUGGUGAGGCCUCUCCUGGAGUACUGUGUACCGUUCUGGUUGUCCUGCUAUGGGAAGUAUAUCUUUAAAUUGGAGAAGGUUCAGAAAAGAGUUACCGGAAUGGAGGGUUUGGAAUGGGGGGGUUUGAGUUAUAAGCAGAGACUGGAUUAGCUUGAACAUUCUUCAUAGGAGUGACCUUUCAGAGAUUUAUAAAUUAGUGAGGGGCAUAAAUAAGGUGAAUAGCAAGGGUCCUUUCCCUAGGAUGGGGGACUUCAAAACUAGGGGGCGUAUUUUUAAGGUGAGAGGAUAAAGUUUUAAAAAGGAUAUGAGGAGCAACUUUUUAAUACAGUGUGGUUCAUGUGUAGAUUGAACUGCUAGAGGAAGUGGCAAAUACAGAUACAAAUACAACAUUUAAAAGACAUUUGGAAAAGUACAUGAAUAGGAAAGGUUUGGAAGCGUAUGGGCCAAACACAGGCAAGUAGAACUAGUUUGGUCUGGGAGCAUGGUCCGCGUUGGGCCAAAGGAUGCUGUUUGACACUGGCACUCAUAUUUUAAAAGGGUUCAGUACAAUGGGAAGUUAAAGAAUAUAUAAUUUAAUAAGUUCUUAGAAUUCUCAUUAGUGAGUGGCAUCAUUAACUGCCUGGGAGAAUUCCACUCUAGGAUUGAUUUGUAAUAUUAAUUACAUAUGGCUGAUGUUGCUUGUGACCAGGAUUGUUCAUCAACAUAGUUGCUUAGUGUGUGAGAUUCACAUGCAGAAUUAUAGAAGGCCUCACAUCACUCACAAGUAGAGCCUGCUUCCUCAAGCAAAAAAAUGACAUACUAUGUCCACAGUAGGUGUGAUGACAGCUAGUUUUCAUCACAAUUGUGCAUUUGUGAUUUAGAUGGAGGUGAAAGGAAACAUAGGUAACACUUUACAGAGUGAGUUGCAGGAUGAGUCUCUCAGUCCAAGUUUACUCCCCCGCCAAACCAUCAUGAGCUUUUUUGCCUUGCAGUCUCCCAUUUGGCUUGAGGCUUCCAUGUUCAAACCAUCCAUUUUUUUUUAACACUUCACCUCCCCACUUUAUCCCCUGAGGCUCAGGUAUACAGCUUAGCUAUUCCAAACAUAUUUAUGCUGCAUUCCUCAUCAAAGCUGUCAAUUGAUCCUGCCUCCUGAAGCAGAUCUUACCCUCCUACACCCUGUCUCCCACAUUUAUCUGUGAUAAUGGGAUGCUGCUGGGCCUGCUGUGUUCAUCCAGCCUCACAUUUAAUUAUCCCACAUUUAUCUGGUGAGUUGUCUCCCUUCACAAAUAUUGUCAUCUCUGUGUUCCAGGUCACUACCUCCGAUCCCCAUAAUUGACGUCCCUAACACAUCUACCACAGCUAAGGGCCUUGAAGAGCCCCCUUAACUUUCAAUGAACAGGCCCUCUGGACUGACUGUGUCUCGUUCCUUAAUUACUUGGCAUAAAAGCCCCCUGACUGACUUACUAUGAAUCCCUAGGCUGGUUGAACUUGACCUGUAGGACUGACCAUAGUCCACUCCCCAGGCUACAGUGAAUGGAUUCCCUGACUAUGAACAUACCAACUAACUGACUGACCAUGUCUGAACUUCUGAACUUAUAUCAGAUGAUGUUCUUCAUUGACUGUGCUAGUAUUCCCUAAAUGGUAGGUCCCCUUAACGUGAUGAAGGAUUACUCCCCUAGACUUGAGACACUGUCAUUUUGUUGAGACACAUGCAAUGUAUUUGUUGUGUACAUUGUUGGUAUGUAUUACAGAUGUGACAUUGAUGUGGCAUGGUACCAAUGUAUUCACGCCCCCACUUCAAUGGUGAUUGCUGAAUGGCAAGACAAGACAGAAAUAUUGUAAGGCUGUAGUUCUCAACAACGGAGCAAUGCACACAAGGGCAGGUCAGAGAUGUGAACAUCAAAUUGGACAAAGUGAGCGCUAAGAAAGUAACCUAAGAGCCCUGAGAUGCAUUCUUGGCCAACCUGAAGACCCAGAGAAGAUGUUGGCAAGCUGUAUCCAAUAAGUAACUGCUCUGGGAAUUAUUUUGUCUAGUUUCUCUCUGCUGCCUGGGAAAAUGGUGAUCAAUCUUGUCAAUGAAGCAAGAUUAGCUAAUAAUCAGAUGUUAAUGCGUGUAAUUCAGCCAGUUGCUGCUACCUAUUGAGAUACCCAGGUAGCCAUUAAAAUCUAAUGUGACAAAUUUAACGUUUUUUUCUCAAUAUCAAGAAUCCCAUUUUUUAUUCUCACCAUUUUUUUUCCAACUAUCUUGCCUUGCCUAUGUUUUUCAGGACCUGGGAAUAUUCUGCCUUUUUUUUGAAGUAUUUUUGUCUUGCAUUAUUAUUUAUUAUAUCUUUUAUUACUUAUUCGUAGAAUAUUGGCCUCACUGCCUGGCCAGCAUUUACACCCAUCCCUAGCUGCCCGUUGAGAAGGUGGUAAUGAGCUGCUUUCUUGAACCACUGCUGUGGGUACAUCCCAAAUUAGGAGGGAGUUCCAGGAUUUUGAAACAACAUCAUUGAAGGAGGGGUGAUAUAUCUCCUUGGACAGUGAGUGGUUUGAAAGGGUAGUGGUAUUUCCAUGCAUCUGCUACCAUUGUCCUUCUUGGUGCUCGUGAUCAUGGGCUCACAAAAUUGCACUUCUGUCUGAGGAGCCUUGGUGAAUUUCCACAUUUCAUCUUGUAGAUAACAUGUAAUUCGUAAGAAUACCAAAACAAAGUCACAUUUACAUUCUAUAAAAAGUACAUGCUGAUUUGUUGUCAACUGGAUUCUGACUUUUACUUGUGUUGCCAUGAAAUAACUGGUGCAUUCUCCUACAAUUUCCACUUUAUUGGGAAGGGGAAGGAAAUACAACUCUUUACAAAGGUACAGGAAUUGUCAUAGUGACUUGAUAUUCUUUGUCAGGGAUAUGAAACAACUCCCAGUCCAUCUAAAGGAACAGCUGAAACUCAAUUUCUCAUAAUGUCUUAUUAUUAUAAAUUUUUAUGGUAUUACAAAUAGGCUAGUUACCUAUGCUAAAUAUUCGCUGUAACCAAAA